CUGUUUGGACACUUUGAACUGUCAUGGUCAUUUGAAAUCCCUAAUCGGACAUCCAUAUUCUUAUGCAGACAUUUUGUUUACCAACAUAAUAAUGUACAUGGACGAUUGCGAUUGGUUCCAAUCAGUGAACAUUGGAUCUGGAAAACCUAUACAAUAAGCCCGCUCCAAAGCCUUCUUUUUUGUCUCGCCCAAGGACUCUUCGCAGUCCGUUUCACGAGUUUCAACUUUAUAACAUCGUCUACUUGCCUGCUGUUUUACAGCAAGGAUGGGAUCACGGAUUGAAACUACGAAGCGGUGGUUAAGUGACCGGUGGGGUUGGGUCGUCGUAGCCGGUACUUCAGUGUUUUUCUUUCUCACUUUUGGAUUCAUGCUUGUCUUCAGCAUUGUAUUCGUCGCCCUCCAAGAAGAAUUCAACAGUACAGUUACCCAAACAGCAUGGGUUGGUUCUAUACCCUUCGGCUUUUGCUGUCUCUGCUCUCCCCUAACCAAUCUUCUGCUUGAACGCUUUGAACAUCGUGCUAUCGUCGCGACAGGAUCGGCGAUCUCAUCGGUUGGCAUCAUUGUGACGUCAUUCAUGCCAUCCCUUUCACCGAUGUACUUCUCGUUCAGCUUAGCCUUUGGCCUUGGAUCCGGGAUGACGUUAUUUGGUUGCUUCAAUCUCAUCCUCGCCUAUUACCCCCUCAAGAAUUCAACCAGAGCCACAGUCAUACCCAUGGCUAACACGAAUCUUGGCGUGUUUUCCCUUGGACCUUUGACCUACUUUCUGCAGACACGAUAUGGAUGGAGGAACAUGCUAAGAAUUAUGGGAUCGUUGAUCGGGGUCGUCUGCAUACCUUUAAGUUUUCUGGUUUUGAAACCGCCGUCUAAAUCCGACACGGAAGACAAUACAGGUUCGGCGUCCGGAAUUGGAACGAUGAAAUACUCCGAGAUCGCUUCUUCGAAAGAGGAUAUUGCUGAUGAUAAUCAAAGCGAGGGUAUCGAAAUUCAAAACGAUUCUCCGAGGCAUGAAAUAUCCCCAGAAACGGACGACAUCAUUACUGGGUCUGAUGAUUUUAACAACACCUUGAGGAAAGGCGAGCGGCGAGCAUCGGAUAUCAAAGUUCUAACGUAUCAAGAAAGCGACUCGCAUCAUAAUCCCAUUUACAGCAUUCUUCGUACUCUAUUGUAUCCAGAUGUCUUAUUGCUCUCAUUUACUGUAUUCGGAUAUGGUCUUGUGAACUCCUUUUUGGUCAUACAACUGGUAAACUUCGUGAUUUCUAUCGGGCACACGGCAGAGCAAGGAACACAGGCCGUCAUGGUCAUGAGCAUCUCCGUUAUGAUCGGUAAAAUACUGCUAGUCCUGUUUGCAGACAUGGCACCUUUUCCUAAAAUUGGCUUCUUCCCAAUCUCCAGUUUCAUCGGAACUGGUAUACUAUUUGCAUUCCUAUGGGUGCAUCAACUCGUCGCUUUAUUGGUGAUGACGGCAGCAUUGGGUGCAACGGUGAUGAGUGUAUGCGACAGUCUUCCGUUUUCAGUUUCCAACAAUACCUUCGGUGUUUCUAUAGGAACUCAUGCCUUACCAGUUAUCGCCUUCUUCCAUGGAGCUGGAUUCAUCUUAGCCUCUCUCCUAGGUGAGAGCGUAGAUCAGACUGGUUCUUACGACGUGGCUUUCUACACCUGCAUUGGGGUUUACGUCGUUUGUGCGUCGUUUUGCAUUCUAGUUCCCGUUUACCAAAAGUGUUUCGUCAAAGACCGUUUUAUCAUGGACGUUUUCAUUGGAUGCAAACAUAGAGUAAAGAAACAAAGUGAGCAAAUGUCGAACGAAAAGGAGAAAGCGGAGUGUGUAAAUGAAGAAGAAAUAACACACAUGGUCACUGAUAUGGUGUCUUCAGUAUAACGGAAUGAUGUCUUCAAAUGUUUUUUUUUCAAAGCCACACAAAAUGAUCCAUAGGUGCAUGAUGUAGGUGGUCAGCGGCGUACCGUGGGUCACAGCACGGGAGGGGAGCGAUUUUUUUCCCCGUGAUUUUAACGCGCGUAACCGCUGUCAAUUCGCAAUUUUAUAGCGUCUUGAAUAAAGACCACUACCACGUCCGUGUUAACCUUUUUGAAGAAGGGUCUCGACGUCACAUCGUCUAUGUAGCUGGAACUUAGGGGUGUAUUUAAAAUUUUCACAGGCGGUCAGGGUUUACUAACGGUUGGUCUAAUGUCACUUUGUUUAAUCUUCAGAUGGGCUAACUGCAUGUACUUGGGCUAAAUCCAAUUCUCAUUUGCUCUAAAGACCACUUGGUCUAAUAGCAAAUUAGUUUAAUGACCACUUGGCCUAUAACAGCUAAUUGGUCUACUGGGUCUAAUAUAUGCUUUUCACACUGGACUUUUUGUCCUAAAUUGGUGGGGCUAAGGGGGGUCUUAGCCCCACCAAUUUCCCGG